CGUGGUGCCUGAGCCGGGGGGUGAGACCGGAGCAGGUAAGCGCAGCCUCCUGGCCUGCUUUAACUCUGGUUUAGUCUGUUUUUCCAGGCCACCCGUCUUCCCGGCCCGGGGUCGCCGAAUACCCUGAAGUUGGGCGCCUCGCUGGUGUCCGUGGGCCAGUGGUCGGACCUGGUGUCUCUACAGGCCUUUAUCCGUGAGAAAUCGUCACCACAGACACGGUCCCCAGUACCUCCUGGGACACCCGAGGCAACUUCUCUUUUUUCCUAACUUUAGAGCUUGGGGACCGGAGACCUUGGCUGCUCCCGACCUGGUUCUGUCCGACUGUCUGCAACUUUUCUGUUCUGAAAGAUAAGAAGAGUUCUUCUUUUGCUCACCUACCACUGGUCCCAUGGCUGCUAUGCAGAUGGACCCUGAGCUUGCCAAGAGCCUCUUCUUUGAAGGGGCCACUGUGGUCAUCCUGAAUAUGCCCAAGGGGACAGAGUUUGGCAUUGACUAUAACUCUUGGGAGGUGGGGCCCAAGUUCCGGGGUGUGAAGAUGAUUCCACCAGGCAUCCACUUCCUCCACUACAGUUCUGUGAACAAGGCCAAUCCCAGGGAUGUGGGCCCUCGGAUGGGCUUCUUCCUUAGCCUGCAGCAGCGGGGGCUGAUAGUCCUGCGCUGGAACUCAGCCCAGGAAGAGGUAGACCUUUCCCCAGCUCCAGAGGCUGAGGUGGAGGCCAUGAGGGCCAACCUCCAGGAGCUGGACCAGUUUCUGGGACCUUACCCAUAUACGACACUCAAGAAGUGGAUCUCACUCACCAACUUCAUCAGCGAGGCCACAAUGGAGAGGCUGCAGCCUGAGAGCCGGCAGAUCUGUGCCUUCUCAGAGGUGCUGCCUGUGCUCUCCCUGAAACACACCAAGGAUCGGGUGGAGCAGAACCUACCCCGCUGCGGCACUGAGUGCAAAAGCUACCAGGAAGGCCUGGCCCGGCUGCCUGAGAUGAAGCCCAAAGCCGGGACAGAGAUCCGCUUCUCCAAGCUACCCACACAGAUGUUCCCGGCAGGUGCCACGCCAGCAGAGAUAACCAGGCACAGCAUGGACCUGAGCUAUGCUCUGGAGACGGUGCUCAGCAAGCAGUUCCCCAGCAGCCCCCAGGAUGUACUCGGUGAACUUCAGUUUGCCUUUGUGUGCUUCCUGCUGGGGAAUGUGUACGAGGCAUUUGAGCACUGGAAGCGGCUCCUGAACCUCCUGUGCCGGUCAGAGGAGGCCAUGGUGAAGCACCACACCCUCUACAUCAACCUCAUCUCCAUCUUGUACCACCAGCUUGGCGAGAUCCCCGCAGACUUCUUUGUGGACAUUGUCUCCCAGGACAACUUUCUCACCAGCACCUUGCAGGUUUUCUUUUCCUCUGCCUGCAGCAUUGCUGUGGAUGCCACUCUGAGGCAGAAGGCUGAAAAGUUCCAAGCUCACUUGACCAAGAAGUUUCGGUGGGACUUUGAAGCAGAGCCUGAGGACUGUGCCCCGGUGGUGGUGGAGCUCCCCGAGGGCGUGGAGACUGGCUAACUGGGAAUGCUCUCAGCCAGGGAAGGCCCCUUCUUCCUACCCAGCUGCAGCCCUGACCUCUUCACUCACCCCUUCUAUGGGGACCUGCCAGAGCAGCGGCCCCACUGGGCUUUGCAGAGGUGAAGCCAGAAUUCCCUCCUUCACCAAUAAAUAAGUUCCUUCAGUGCCAAAGAGGCUGUACGAUCCUGAAGACCCACUGUGGGCUCCCCAUCAGCCUGGCCUUGGUGCUAACCUGACUUAAUUCCAGAUGGACUCUUACUGAAGCUCUUGGGAGAGAUGUGCCUCACCAGCAACCCACUUCCUUCUGAAUGAGAAGAAAUUGAGCAAAAAGCCCAAGAGAACUGAUUGCUUAUUUGACAGAAUGGUGAGAAAACAAGAAACCCUGGACUUCGAAGGAGCCUUGAGAUGUCAGUUGAUGACUUCUAAUUUAAACAGAGGGCAGCAGGGGGAUGAGCCAGAAUUGCUGUCUGCCCCUUGUUGAACGGGAAUAUGUCACAGAAAACAUGGGCAUGUGACCACUCAGGAGCCCUGGACUGGGGAGAACGUGACACAGAAGACAGUUGGGUUGUAUCUGACGAGUCAUCAGCUUUUGUUUUCUCCAUCUAAGUUUCUUUCUCCCACCCAGAAAUCCCAGUGGGUAAUCUUCCCAAGGUUGUUGUGGCUCCUGACCUCAGGUGCCUUGCUAGUGCCACACCUCUCCCAUUCGUUCUAUUCUGAGAACUCAGACCCAGAAGUGGGACUUGGCAGCCCUCCUUUGUGGCCCUCUAUCCUCCUCAGAGCCACUGUGAGUGGUUUUGAUGACCUGGAGAUACAACAAUAAAGAGAAAGGUUCUUGCUCCGGACAGGCUUCUUUGGCCCCGUUGGAGUUCUGCGCCCUUAUUCAGAGCUCUAGAGAUGGCCGGUCAGCCUGGAUCUUCCCAGUCCUGCUGUGGGGCUGUCAGCCACAAGAGUCAUGAUGCGUGGGUUUCCUGGGAGUCCCGAGGGCCUGCCCAUCACGCACACGCCCCUCCACCCUGACCUCAAGACACUGUACUAUGAUCAGAGUCCCUGUGCUGUUCUUUCCCAAGGCUGCCGCUCACACCAGGUUUCUAAAUGAGAAUUCCUGCUGGUUAAGACGUUUGGUUCCACUCGUUUCCUUGGAGAUGUUUUUCCAAGAGUGUAAUGUACAUUAAAGUCUUUCAGUUGAGACUGUAUCCCCUUGUGUGAGUCUCUUUUGCAGUUAAUCUGCACAGUUCCCCAAGCAGCCAGACCACUGUCCAUAGACAGCCCCUCCCUACUGAGCACCAGGAC